AUGGAGCAACAACUAGGGUUUGUUGCUCAGUGGGAGUCAAGGAAGUUUGGGAAAUUUAGUGAGGUUGUGAUUGAAUAUGGCCAGAAAAGAAGUGCAUAUGAUCACUCAGUAUUCUUUAAACAGUCUACAGCUGGGUGUAUUUUGUUUGUUGUAUAUGUUGAUGAUAUUGUGAUUACUGAUAGUGAUAGCAGUGACAUAAAUAUGCUAAAGGCUUUCCUAGGCACAAGAUUUCAAACAAAGGAGCUAGGUCCUUUGAAAUAUUUCUUAGGGAAAUAUGCUCAGGACCUACUGGAUGAGACAGAUUUAGCUGAAGCAAAACCUGGUGAUGCCCCUAUGAUACCAAAUGUGAAACUCGGAGCAGAAGAUGAAAAUGUGUUUGUUGAUGCAGACAAGUAUAGGAGUGUAUUGGGAAAGCUGAACUAUCUUACAAUCACUCAGCCAGAUAUUGCAUUUCCCAUAAGUAUUGUUAGUCAUUUUAUGUUAUCUCCUAGAACUUCACAUUGGGAUGUCGUAACUCAUAUAUUAAGGUAUCUUAAAGGAAGUCCAGGACGUAGAAUUCUUUAUAAAGACCGUGGUCAUUGUAGGGUUGAAGGUUUCUCAAAUACUGACUGGACUGGUUCUCUCGUGGAUAGGUGCUCUACUACAGGAUAUUAUGUUUUCGUUGGAGGUAAUCUAGUCUCUUGGAAAAGUAAGAAACAGAGUGUUGUAGCUCGAUCAAGUGCAGAAUCUGAAUAUUGGGCUAUGGCACAGAUAUUCACAUUGCCACUAAUCCAGUAUUUCAUGAGAGAACAAAGCAUAUAG